AUGUCUUUAAGGGAAAGUGACGAAGCAGAAGAGGAAUUCUUAGAGGAAACUGUGACACUAAAACCUGUAAACGAGGAAGACAAGGAAGGCUCUUUUAUAGUUGCAACUUUUAUGGGUGGGAAGCGUGGUAGAACUGCUUUUAGGGAAGAACAGUCACAAGACGACACAAUAGAUGAAGAUGAGCAGAGAAAGUUUGAAAGGGAAAUGCUACAAUGGCACGACCAACAGCCUAAACUAAACAGGUCGGGUGCCAUAAAGCACUCGACACUUGUAGGGGAAGAAAUGAAUACAAGAGAAGAAGAAGAGAAAGAGGAGGAAGAGGAAGAAGAGGAAGACCCCUCGGUGAAAAUCCUGGAAGCGAAAGCUUUCACAGAACGUCACGAAGAAAAAACGGAAGAAGAAAAGGGAGGAACUUGGGAAGAUAUAGAGGAGAGUGUCUUAACAGCCUUCUUGUUCGACGAAGAUGACAGAAGAGAAAUGCAGCAAAUGAAAAAAAGAAAAGGGGACAGCCUGGAGAUACAGGAAAAAUUCAAAAAAGAGAAACUUGAAGAAAGCAAAAAAUAUCCAGAAGAAACCGACAGGGAAAAGGUCCAACGGAAAAUGAAACAAAUACUUGAUAUACUUAAUACAGAAGGCCCAAUAGAGGACGAAAGAAUAAGAAUGAAAAAACUCGUAGGGAAAAUCAACUUUAUACAAAACCGAAAAAUUAGCCCAAAUCAAACAACACAAGGGGAGGAGAAAAAUAUGAGAUGCGAACAAUGUAAAAUUAAGAUCGAGCAAGAGAGACAAAGAAAAGAAACAGAAAAAAAUAAUAGGAAUUGUAAACAAGGGGGGAGGCAUAGACACCUUUAG